AUGUCGGGGACAGCGGCAGGGCCAUCCUUGCCAAUCAACCUGCAUGCCAUUGCCGCAAAAAAAGACACCGCGACCAGGGAAGAGCGACGUGCGCUUCAUGACGCGGUGCAAAGGAGGCAGUUUGUCGAGGAUAUGAUGGAGCUGAAGGGGACUUUCUUUCCUGGACUCGACGCUCUACGAAAAGCAAACGAGGCCCCGGAGUCAUCCGUGGACCUGAAGGAGCGCAUACAGGAGGUUAAAAAGAAACAUCUGGAAGAAGUUCGCACUUUGUACGAGUGGCAGGCCCAAGAUUAUUUCGAUGAAGCGCUAGAUAUGUCACGGUCCAAACCUGACGUUGACCUUCCGGACGUGGAGGAAUUCUAUCGGUUGUCCCGGUCUAGUCAUGAAAUCGCUGCUUCCUUCGAUGAUCAGCUGGACAGGCACCAUUACGCGCACCUCACUGGGUUAUACCCAAUGAUGAAGCAGUACAACAGACUGCGGGGAGUCGAGGAAGAAAGACAAAAACAGCGCGACAAGCAAUUUCCAUCAAGCAUUGCAGAAUUCCGAGCCACCCGCAACAAGGACGUCCAGCUACGAUUUGCACGAUUUUUGACUUCAGGCGAUACCGCGCGCGAGCGCAUGAACCAUGAAUAUGGCUGGGCAUGGCGCCAGGUCAUGCCUCUGAUUAACGAUUACAAUCAAAAUGAGGAAUUCCAGAAAGAAAUCCAAGCACUUCUUCAAUCUCUUUCGAAGGAGGUGGAGAGUCGGGAUCCUCGCAAAUCAAGGCUGACGGCGACAGCCGCCACUUGA